AUGGCGCGGCCGUUCUUGGCGCCGCUGUGGAUACUGGCGCUGGUUCUUCUUUCAUGCAUGGCGGCGGCGGCGGACGACGGCGACGUGCUGCUGCUGGUGAAGAGCGCGUUCGUCGACGAUCCCCAGGGGGUCUUGGCGGGCUGGAACGCCAGCGCCGGCGCGUCGGGGUUCUGUUCCUGGGCCGGCGUGGCGUGCGACGAGGCGGGGCUCAGGGUCGUGGGCCUCAACCUGUCUGGCGCCGGGCUGGCCGGGACAGUGCCCCGCGCGGUGGCGCGUCUCGACGCGCUGGAGGCGAUCGACCUGUCGUCGAACGAGCUCACGGGACCCGUCUCGGCGGCGCUCGGCGGGCUGGCCAACCUCCAGGUGCUGCUGCUCUACUCCAACCAGCUCACGGGCCAGAUACCGGCGUCGCUGGGGGCGCUCUCGGCGCUCCAGGUGCUCCGCUUGGGAGACAACCCGGGCCUGUCGGGCGCCAUCCCGGACGCGCUUGGCAAGCUCGGCAACCUCACCGUGCUCGGCCUCGCCUCCUGCAACCUCACCGGCCCGAUCCCGGCGAGCCUCGGGCGGCUCGGGGCGCUCACGGCGCUGAACCUGCAGCAGAACGCGCUGUCCGGGCCGAUACCGCGUGGCCUCGCCGGCUUGGCGAGCCUCCAGGUGCUCUCGCUCGCCGGCAACCAGCUCACGGGCGCGAUACCGCCGGUGCUCGGGAGGCUCGCGGGGCUCCAGAAUCUCAACCUUGGGAAUAACUCGCUGGUGGGCGCCAUACCGCCGGGGCUCGGCGCGCUUGGCGAGCUCCAGUACCUCAACCUCAUGAACAAUCGCCUCUCCGGCCGCGUCCCGCGCACGCUCGCCGCGCUCUCCCAUGUGCGCACGAUCGACCUGUCCGGCAACAUGCUCUCUGGCGCGCUGCCCGCCGAGCUCGGCCGCCUGCCGGAGCUUACUGUCUUGGUGCUAUCCGACAACCAACUCACCGGCAGCGUCCCCGGCGACCUGUGCGGCGGCGAUGAAGCGGAGUCUAGUAGCCUCGAGCACCUUAUGCUCUCCACGAACAACUUCACCGGGGAGAUACCGGAGGGGCUCUCGCGGUGCCGGGCGCUGACGCAGCUCGACCUGGCGAACAACAGCCUCUUCGGCGGUAUCCCAGCCGCGCUCGGCAAGCUCGGCAACCUGACGGACCUGCUGCUCAACAACAACAGCCUCUCCGGCGAGCUGCCGCGAGAGCUCUUCAAUCUCACCGAGCUCCAAACACUGGCAUUGUAUCACAACGAGCUCAGCGGUCGGCUGUCGGACGCCAUCGGCCGCCUCGUGAACCUGGAGGUGCUGUACCUGUACGAGAACCUGUUCGCCGGCGAGAUACCGGAGUCCAUCGGGGACUGCGCGAGCUUGCAGCUGAUCGAUUUCUUCGGGAACCGGUUCAACGGGAGCAUACCGACGUCCAUGGGGAACCUGUCGCAGCUGAUCUUCCUCGACUUCAGACAGAACGAGCUGUCUGGCGUGAUCCCGUCGGAGCUGGGUGAGUGCCAGCAACUUGAAAUCAUUGAUUUGGCCGACAAUGCUCUGUCCGGGCCGAUUCCCGAGACGUUCGGGAAGCUCCAUUUUCUGGAGCAGUUCAUGCUGUACAACAACUCGCUCUCCGGCGCCAUCCCGGACGGCAUGUUCGAGUGCCGGAACAUCACGAGGGUCAACAUCGCGCACAACCGGCUCAGUGGCAGCCUCCUACCGCUCUGCGGCACGGCGAGGCUGCUGUCGUUCGACGCGACCAACAACUCCUUCGACGGCGGGAUCCCCGCACAGCUCGGCAGGUCGUCGUCGCUCCAGCGCGUGCGCCUGGGGAGCAACAUGCUCUCCGGGCCCAUCCCGCCAUCGCUCGGCGGCAUCGCCGCGCUGACGCUGCUGGACGUGUCAAGCAACGCGCUCACCGGCGGCAUCCCCGCGACGCUUGCACAGUGCACGCAGCUCAGCCUCAUCGUCCUCAGCCACAACCGCCUGUCAGGGGCGGUUCCGGACUGGCUGGGCUCGCUGCCGCAGCUCGGCGAGCUGUCACUCUCCAACAACGAGUUCGCCGGAGCAAUCCCGGUGCAGCUCAGCAACUGCUCCAAGCUCCUGAAGCUGUCGCUCGACAACAACCAGAUCAAUGGAACAGUGCCGCCUGAACUCGGCAGGUUGGUGUCCCUCAACGUGCUGAACCUCGCGCACAACCAGCUCUCAGGUCUGAUUCCGACGGCGGUUGCAAAAUUGAGCAGUCUCUAUGAGCUGAAUCUGUCACAGAAUUACCUGUCCGGCCCGAUCCCUCCUGAUAUCGGUAAGCUACAAGAGCUGCAGAGCCUGCUAGACUUGAGCUGCAACAAUCUCAGUGGCCACAUCCCUGCGUCACUCGGUUCACUCUCCAAGCUUGAAGACCUUAACCUGUCCCACAAUGCUCUGGUCGGCGCCGUUCCAUCGCAGCUCGCUGGAAUGAGUAGCUUGGUGCAGCUGGACCUGUCCAGCAACCAGCUGGAAGGGAAGCUGGGCACUGAGUUCGGCCGGUGGCCGCAGGCCGCGUUCUCCGACAAUGCAGGGCUCUGCGGUAGCCCCUUGAGAGGUUGCGGCAGCAGAAACAGCCAUUCGGCAUUGCACGCGGCGACCAUCGCGUUGGUGUCUGCGGCGGUCACGCUGUUGAUUGUGCUCCUGACCAUCAUGCUUGCGCUGAUGGCAGUGCGCCGCCGGGCCCGGGGAGGUGAGGUGAACUGCACGGCGUUCUCGUCGUCGAGCUCGGGCAGCGCAAACCGGCAACUCGUCGUCAAGGGCUCGGCGCGGCGGGAGUUCCGGUGGGAGGCGAUCAUGGAGGCCACCGCGAACCUGAGCGACCAGUUCGCCAUCGGAAACGCAAGGGUUCAGUUACUGACAGUGGAGUGCCACAUUAUCUCUGCAGAGUGUGCUUACUCCCUGAAGGCGACGGAGAGGAGCGACGUCUACAGCAUGGGCAUCGUGCUGAUGGAGCUCGUUACCGGGCUAUUGCCAACCGACAAGACCUUCGGCGGCGACAUGGACAUGGUGAGGUGGGUGCAGUCAAGGAUGGACGCGCCGUUGCCGGCCCGGGAGCAGGUGUUCGAUCCUGCUCUGAAGCCUCUGGCGCCGCGUGAGGAGUCGUCGAUGACGGAGGUACUGGAGGUGGCGCUCCGGUGCACGAGGGAGGCGCCGGGGGAGAGGCCGACUGCGCGGCAGGUCUCCGAUCUGCUGCUCCACGUUUCACUCGAUUACUAUCGCGCUUGCGAGAAGCGUUAG